GGGAGGAGGGUUCCCUAGGCACAGCCUCCUGCCCAUUUGCCAGCCUGCUGCAGGACGUGGCCUCCCCUCAGUCGGUACCAUGCCGCCCAGAUCUUUCUUAAAACAGAAUUGGGUCGAGUUUCUGUUUAAUAUGCCUGUAGCACCAUGGAGUGGGAGCGUGUCCCUCAGUUAGCCUGCUGUUUCUUUUUCCUGCCUCAGGGACAGGUGGAGAUUUUCUUUUAGACUGAACCGUUUCCUUCCUUUUUCAAGAGGAGGAUUGAAUGGUAUCCCCAUUAUACUCACGCCAGGGUCAUAAUUUAAGAUUAGCUGCAAGGUUCUCCUUGGGGUUGGGGAGGUUGAAGAAAACCUUGGCCUGGUUGUGAGAAAUUCCCUGGGCAGAAGAGUGAAGCUACUUAAAGUGAAAGCUCGAGCCCAGAACCAGGUACCCACCUGAGAUGUAGCUCCCAUUGGUGACUGUCAUUCUGGGAGGUAGAGUGGGUGGAGCCCGGCCCCCUCCACCCCGCCUUCCACAGCUGGAACUUCAGGUGGACUUUAGCCGAGAAGAGCUGGGAAGGGCGCCUUAGCCCAAGGGAGCAGGACUUGCUUUGGAUCCCACAGUGGGCCUAGGUGAGGCCCUGGCCUGAGAUUGGGAGGCUGGUGAAUGGCCCUUUAGUUUGGAAAGGAGAAGGGGGUUCCCAAGACAACAGGAAGGCCGACUGAUGGAAUUCUCUGGUGUUAUGCACAGGAGCUUUUGGCAAGAGGAAGUGGAGGGGCCGUGGGAUGCGGAGAGCCGAGGGCUAACGCCCGGACAGCGGAACAGAGCAAGCUGCUGACAGACAGACGCAGGGUGAGGAGCCCUCGCCUCCCAGAAUGACCAGCGCGGCCCCUGCUAGGAAGCCCUACCGCAAGGCACCGCCCGAGCAUCGGGAGCUGCGGCCGGAAGCUCCUGGAUCCCAACCUGAGCAGCAGGUCAGCCAGACGGCACCCCCACUUUGCCUGGUAGAGGAGUCCCUGACUGAUGCAGAGAGGAUGAAGCUGUUGCAGCAGGAGAAUGAAGAGCUUCGCAGGCGCCUGGCCUUGGCCACCAGGCGCACCGAGGCCCUGGAGCACGAGCUGGAAAUUGGGCAGGACUGCCUGGAGCUGGAGCUGGGCCAGAGCCGUGAGGAGCUGGACAAAUUUAAGGACAAGUUCCGCAGGCUGCAGAACAGCUACACAGCUUCCCAGAGGACCAACCAGGAGCUGGAGGACAAGCUGCACACGCUGGCCUCUCUUAGCCACAGCUGGAUUUUUGCAAUCAAGAAGGCUGAGAUGGAUAGGAAGACACUGGACUGGGAGAUUGUAGAGCUGACCAACAAGCUGCUGGAUGCCAAGAACACCAUCAACAAGCUGGAGGAGCUCAACGAGCGGUACCGGCUGGACUGCAACCUGGCUGUGCAGCUCCUCAAGUGCAACAAAUCCCACUUCCGUAACCACAAGUUCGCUGAUCUGCCCUGUGAGCUACAGGACAUGGUUCGGAAACAUAUGCACAGUGGUCAAGAGGCUGCCAGCCCGGACCCUGCCCCCAGCCUGGCACCAGGGGCUGUGGUACCCACCUCGGUCAUUGCCCGCGUGUUGGAGAAGCCAGAGUCUCUAUUGCUCAAUUCGGCCCAGUCAGGCAGUGCUGGGCGCCCCUUGGCUGAGGAUGUCUUUGUGCAUGUAGACAUGAGUGAGGGUGCCUCAGGUGACCUAGCCAGUCCCCCAGUCCCUGGCAGCCCCACCCCUCAACCCAAUGGGGAGUGCCACUCUCUGAGCACUGCUGGGGGCUCCCCAGAUGAGGAGGUUCCUCUGCCGGCCUUUGAGAAGCUAAGCCCCUACCCCACCCCAUCUCCACCACACCCUCUGUAUCCUGGCCGAAAGGUAAUAGAGUUCUCUGAGGAUAAGGUGCGAAUCCCCCGCAAUAGCCCCCUGCCCAACUGCACGUAUGCUACCCGCCAGGCCAUUUCCCUGAGCCUGGUGGAGGAGGGGAGUGAGCGGAGCCGUCCCAGCCCAGUGCCCAGCAGCCCUGCCUCCGCCCAGGCUUCACCCCACCACCAGCCCAGCCCAGCCCCCCCAAUACUCAGCGCCCCAGCCAGCUCUGCCAGCUCUGAGGAGGACCUGCUGGCCAGCUGGCAGCGGGCAUUUGUUGACCGCACUCCACCGGCCGCCGUGGCCCAGUGCACAGCUUAUGGACGUGAUGCGCUCCCCGAGCUGCAGCGCCAGUGUGCUCUGAGCCCCGCUGACAGAGAGGAGGCGGUUCAGGCACCUUCUUCCCCACCUGGUGAGAGUGGGCCUUUGCUGCCAACAGAACCCAACUCUGGCCUUCCCAGAGAGGAAGAUGAGGAAGAGCUGAAUCUGCCCAUCAGCCCUGAGGAAGAACAGCAGAGCCUGCUGCCCCGUGAUACUGGCACAGACACAGGGCCUGGUGCUUCCCCCACUGAGGGCAGGACCUGGGCCCUCCCCGGCUCCAGCCGGCCCCAGCGCAGCCCUAAGAGGAUGGGGGUACACCACCUACACCGCAAGGACAGCCUGACCCAGGCCCAGGAGCAGGGCAAUCUGCUCAAUUGAGGCCCCUGCUUGCCUUCCUGCCACUGCUGCCCUGGGACUGCAGGAGACCUGGUCCUUGCAGCUCAUUCAUUGUCCUCUCCCCAGCCAAGCCCUUGAACUUUCGUCCCUCUAGGCCUGCACAGCUCUGUUCCUUGUACGGGGAGGGCCCGGUGGUGGGCCACACCAGGCCUUUCAGCUGCAUUGACUGACUGGCACCAGCUUGCCUCAUGGUUUUCCCCUUCUUGAAAUAUUUAUUCUCCAAAGGUAACAUGCAGCCAGGGCUCAAGAUCUUUCUUCAAAUCAGUCCAGCCCAAAUCGGGCUGUUCUGGGAGCUGAGGGGCUUAUCACAUCAGUGUUCAUCCUCCAUCUGCCUCUCAUAGCCAUGAGGUGUUGUUUUGUUUUUUGAUGAGGGGGUGUUAUUGGGAUUAUUAACCUCUAAUUCCUAUUUUCUAUUAACCUUUCUAUUUUUUACCUGUUUCCCUCUCCCCCAGAAUCCCUUGCACAGCCAUUGCCUUUAAGGGGCCUGGCACAGCGCGCCUUCCGGGGUGGGAGAGGGCUGACUCAGGGCUCUCCUCGGCUGUUCCCUCUGGAAGGGAGUGGAGGGCGGGUCUCGGGCCUCCAGCUGGGCUCUAGAUGAGGCCUGGCUCCCCUCCUAAUCUUGGCUCUAGACUGUUACGCCCAGCUUUGGGAAAUUUUCACACUGAUGAUUUUAAAAUUAAAUAAAACUAUUUUACUGUUAUGGA